GAACUGGAGCUGAGGUUAUGAGCGCGGUUUUCAAAGUGAAACGUUCUUAGUUGUUGUGUAAAGCAGUUUUGUCGGUCAUAGUUUUGUUAUCGAAGUUGUUAUAUUUCCUCGCCAAAAUGAGGCGAACAACUCUCGGAACCUUGAACAUAGGAAAUCAGAGUAGACAAGUUACUCGGGAGAAGAAAACUUCUCUUGGACCAAGGCCUUCGAUUGGAAACAGGACAUCCAUUGGUAGACCUUCGACAUCAGGAAGACCGUCGCUUGCAAAUGCAAGAUCUGCAACAGGGAGGAGGCCAUCUAGUCAGUAUGGAAGGGAAAACUGUGUGCAAAUGAAAGAUCCACGACCACUGUCUGACAGAGGAUACCAACAGAAGAUGAUCAGAUAUCUCAUGGAGUUUCUAACAGAGUUCAAUUAUCCACAUCAAAUCUCCAUGAGAAUUCUGAGUGCUCCGUCAAUGAAAGAGUUCUGCAACAUUUUCCAGUUUCUGUACAAGUAUAUAAAGGCAGACACCCAGAAAACAACAGCACUGGAAUCAAAACCAACAGAGGAAAUCCCAAGGAUCUUCAAGAUGUUGGGCUACCCAUUUACUAUUUCAAAGAGUAAUUUGUACUCUGUUGGUAGUCCUCAUGCCUGGCCUAUGGUACUGGGAGCACUUUGCUGGCUUAUUGAGCUUAUUAGGCAUGCUAUAAGUGUUGGUCAAGAUAUUGAAGGCCAUGUUCUGUUCCCUGAGGACAACUAUGAAGCUAGUGAUUACCAAGAAGAAGGCCCACAACCUGAAGACAAGUACUUUUUUAGGUAUCUAGAGAAAAGCUAUGCAGCAUUCAUGAUGGGCACAGAACUUGAUGAACUGGGAGAAUUUGAUGCUGAGUUCAUUGACAAUAUCCGAUCAAGAAAUGCUGCUCUGCUUGAAGGAAUGGAAGAACUGAUGAAGGAAAGUGUCUCUCGUGAAGAAGAAUUAGACACGUUGAAAAAUGACUCUUCACGUCUCCAGACAUUGGCAGAAAGAAAGACAACAUUGGCUUCUGACAGAGAAAAGUUUCAAAAUUACUUAGGAGACUUGGGCAAACAUGGAAAGCAAUUACAAGAAAAAAAUGAUCAGCUCCUGGAGGAACUGCAAGGACUGAAAGUGGAACAGGAAGCCGUCACGCAAGAAAAUGCUAUGCUUCAGCAAACUUUAAACAACCAAGAACUCAGUGCUGCAGAUGUUGAAAGAAUGAAGCAUGAGAAAAGAGAACUACAGAAGGCCAUAGAACAACUGGAAAAGGGAAGAGAUUAUUUUGAUCAACAGAUCUGGGAAAAAGAGAUGCAGUAUGCCAAAAAACACGAAGAGACUGAGAAGCAGAUCCGCGAGUAUAAUGAGAUGGCAAGGAAGUUGAAGCUCAUUCCACCAUCGGCAGAAAAUGCAAAUGGAAUUGACUUUGAAAUGCACUUCAAUCCACACUCUCAGAGACCUGACCAGAGAGCUCACAUGGACUUCAAGGGAACCAUCAAGCCUGCUUUGCUCCGUCUUAAACAACACAUUAGUGAGAAAAGUCGCACCACUCAGUCUCAAGUCAUCACUGAAGAAGAAGCAUUUGAUCAGAUAAGUGAGAUGGUGUCAGACAAACAAGAAGAAGCAACUGCCUUGGAAAUGAAACUACAAGUGUUGGACAAGGAUUUGAACUGGAAAAAAGAGAUUAUGUCAAAAGAGUAUCAGAAAACUACAGGCACAGCACAGAGUUUGGAUGAAGGUGUCCAGCAGAUGAGAGCAAAAGUACUUGAAUAUGAAGUGGCAGUAGAAGAAAAGGAAAGAAAACUCAAGGAAGUUAAACUGAGGGUGGAACAAAGUGUAGAUGAACGAGAGGAAGAGAAAGAGGAAUAUUCCCAAUUCAUAUUGAAGGCAUGUCACAUGAUCAUGGAACACAAAACCCUCAUUCAGAAUCGAACCCAUGAACUUCUUGAACAAGCAGAGGAAAUCUUAGAGCAAACCAAACAGGCUGAGGUACCAAAAUCAUCCACGUCGAUUCCAGAACAAGCAGUAGAAGAACAGAGUUAAUUUUGAGUAUUGUUCAAGAGUGUUCAUGUAUUUAUGUGGCAAUCAUUAGAACUUAAAGUAGGCAUAACUGUCCCUUAAGAUGUCAGCAUUUUAACUGAAUUCAGUAUGGUUAUCAACUUAUGUAACGAUUUGGUUUGCUAUUAUAAUUAUUUGAGCAAGGACCAGUUCCUCCUGUAGAUUAUCACCCCAGUAGCCAGAAGCCAGAAGUAGUAAGAGGUAGCUGUGUUCAUUGACCACAGCAGAGUACCCCCUUGAAUUAAAUGUUGUCUUUAACUAAAAAUAUUCAUUGCUUGUCAUGCCAAAACUUUGCAAUAAUUACAAAGUUGUUUUCUCCUUGUGUUCACCUAAUGUGAGGCAGAGGGAUCACUCCAAAUGCUCAUAGCAUCUAUGGAUAUCACAGAACUACAACCUUGUUCUCAAAUGUUGGAAAAAAUUCCCCCUUCACCCCAGUUCAAAGUUGGGGUAGAAAUUUGUGUCCAUCGAUUGUAUUGGUAUUUCCAACAUUGAACGGGAACGCAGGGGAAAUUUUCAAGACAAUAUGUCCACGGUUGUAGACCCUGGGGAGGGGGGUACUCCCAGAAAAAUUUGAUGGGGGUGUGCAGCCUGCUUCCCAAAAUGCUUACUCUAUUUAUGACCAAAACGGCUGAAAACUCAUACCCUUUGGGGCUGCACAUACCUUUAUAGCCUACAUAAGGGUGUACCCCCCCCCCCAGGAACUAGGCAUUUUUGAAUGACACAAUCUCACAGCAUUUUUUAUGAUGACAGAUAUAAAGCUUAGCAUUGUUACAUGUUCUUUAUGAAGUGAAAAGUUUUGUGAAUAUGUUUAGUCAUUUCUUAUCAAAGAUUAAGUCUUGUGUUCAUUUGGUAUUAUUGUACCUACUUGUUAUGACAUGUUGAACAAAAUAAACAGCUGACCAGCAAGUUUGAUAAAAAAAGCUUUUACUUAAGUAUUAAUUAUUGUAAGGAUUUUGUUUCCUCUUCACACAGAUGAUGUUACAUGUGUGUGGUUGAAUCACUGAUAAAAAUUUGUAAUGUUACAGUUGUUCUUUGACAGAGUUUGGCACCUUCUCAAAAACUAAAUUAUGACAGUCAUCUUUGGUAUAAGAAUUUACUUUGAUAAGAAAUGUGUGCUUUGCAUUCCUUAUGUGUUUCAAAAUCUGCUGCAUAAUCAAGGCUGUGGUCUAAAAAAUGUAAGUUUUUUUCAGCCGCCCAAAGGCAAAAGCUAGUUGCCUGUGGCUCCUGCAUGCUUCUAAAGCACAGCCCUGAUAUAAAAUAAAUAUGUUUUUCUGUUUAUCAUUGGUCAGUGAUGAUGUGUCAACUCCACCAGACAACAACCAUGCAAUGAUUCCAAUUCUGUAGUGGUGUCCCCUCAUAAAGCCAUAGGUAUGCAUGGUAUUUGAGCACUGUUCACUAGUUAAAUGCUAAAGAAAAGUACAGAUUGAAAUUUUUCUUUACCCAGCCAGUCAAUAAAUCAAAUUUAAUAUUAACAUGUCUUUGGUUCAGUUUUGAAGCUGCUUUCUGGCCAACCUUUCUAAACGGAAAGACUUUGUAGGAAAAUUGCAGAAGAAUCUGACCCCACUAAUGUAUUACUGGAUAGGGGAGGGGGUAUCCUACUUACUGAAUAACAUACAAUGCUCACCUGGUAAUUUUUCAACAUGUAUGCCAUUAAACUUGAUUAUCUUGAUGUGCGUGCAUAAUUUUCUACAAAGUCUUACCUGUAAUGUUGAGAUCCUCAAACAUACUUGUUAAUGCCCACCAUGCAUUUAAAAUUCAGUUGUAAAUAAAGUAAGACAAAAUCCGAUAGAAAAUCAAGCAAUUUCAGUUUUUAGUGGGCAAAAAUCCUGCACCAGAAUGCUGUUGAGAACAUGUAUAUUAAAAUUGUUUCUGCAUUUUCUAAAAGCUAAAGAUAUAAAUAAUAAUUGCCUGAAAUAACACCAAAAACAAUUUCCC